AUGGCCACAGCAAGGCCACACAGUGAGCUCCUGAGGAAGCAGCUGGCGAGGCUUGACGACGUGCUGUUUCAAUGUGGGUGUAACAUACGCUGGCUGCAGCUAUGGCAACAGAGAGGAGAGGCGGGGCUUCAAAACCAGCAGCUCUAUUGUACAUGGAACAACACCCCCAUCCCCUUGCAGGCCAUGAACAUCUCCUCACAUGAGUGUGACCUGCCAGAGGUGAGCGUGAACCACGCUAACCUCACGGUCACUGAAGGAGACAAGGUGACCAUGUUCUGCAAUGGGACAGGCAUGCCAGUACCGGAGGUGGACUGGAAAGUUAAGGAUCUGGCCACAGUCAAUCAUCAUACGUCAAAUGUGAGCCUCAACCUUCAUGUGGUCACCCUGACUCUGACCGACAUCAGCAGAGAGGACAACAACUUCAUGCUGACCUGCAUCGCUGAGAACGUAGUGGGGAUGACCAACGCCUCUGUCCAGCUCACUGUGCAAUUCCCUCCGACCAUCGUGAAGCUGGACGAGCCCGAGCGCCGGCACCACACCUGCAUCGAGUUCACGGUGCGCGGCUACCCGCACCCCACGCUGCGCUGGUACCGGGACGACGAGGACCUGGUGGAGUCGGAGUACGUGCACACCGAGAUGGACGUCUACAAGGACUACCUGGAGGGCUGCCUCACCUUCCAGAACCCCACGCACCACAACAACGGCAACUACACGCUGGAGGCCACCAACAUCCUGGGCGUGGCCACCAAGACCAUACGAGGUCACUUCCUUGAUAUGCCAUUUCCAGACUAUGACGAUUAUGGCACUCCUACACCGACCACCACUGUAACACACCGACCAGAUGAGGACACCUUCGGGGUGUCCAUCGCCGUGGGCCUCGCUGGCUUCGCCUGCCUUCUUCUCGUCAUUAUGUUCGUCCUCAUCAACAAAUAUGGCAGACGCUCCAAGUUCGGGAUGAAAGGUCCAGUGGCAGUGAUCAGUGGAGAGGAAGACUCGGCGAGUCCUCUUCAUCAUGUCAAUCAUGGCAUCAUCACUCCGUGCACGCUGGACGCAGGACCCGACGCCGUGGUGAUCGGAAUGACCCGCAUCCCCGUCAUCGAGAACCCGCAGUACUUUAGACAUGGACACAACUGCAACAAGCCCGCCACCUACGUCCAGCACAUUAAGCGAAGAGACAUCGUGCUGAAGAGGGAGCUGGGAGAGGGGGCCUUUGGGAAGGUCUUCCUGGCAGAGUGCUACAACCUCAGCCCCACCAAGGACAAGAUGCUGGUGGCUGUCAAGACUCUAAAGGAUCCAACGCUGGCAGCGAGGAAGGAUUUCCAGCGAGAGGCCGAGUUAUUGACCAACCUCCAGCACGAGCACAUCGUCAAGUUCUACGGCGUGUGUGUGGACGGAGAUCCUCUCAUCAUGGUGUUUGAGUACAUGAAGCACGGAGACCUCAACAAGUUCCUCAGAGCCCAUGGGCCAGACGCCAUGAUCCUGGUUGACGGUCAGCCCCUGCAGACCAGCGGUGAGCUGGGCCUGUCCCAGAUGCUGCACAUCGCCUCCCAGAUCGCCGCGGGGAUGGUGUACCUGGCCUCCCAGCACUUCGUCCACCGCGACCUGGCCACACGCAACUGCCUGGUGGGGAACGGCCUGCUGGUCAAGAUCGGAGACUUCGGCAUGUCCAGAGACAUCUACAGCACCGACUACUACAGGGUCGGAGGUCAUACCAUGCUGCCCAUUCGCUGGAUGCCCCCUGAGAGCAUUAUGUACAGGAAGUUCUCGACGGAGAGCGACGUGUGGAGCUUCGGCGUCAUCCUGUGGGAGAUUUUCACCUAUGGGAAGCAGCCCUGGUUCCAGCUGGCCAAUAACGAGGUGAUUGAGUGUAUUACUCAGGGCAGAGUGUUGGAGCGGCCGCGGGUGUGUCCAAAGGAGGUGUACGACAUGAUGUUGGGCUGUUGGCAGCGGGAGCCCCAGCAGAGGCUCAACAUCAAGGACAUCCAGAAGAUCCUCUACGCCUUGGGCAAGGCCACGCCUGUUUACCUGGACAUCUUGGGCUAGCGCCGCCACCGCCUGUUGGGGACUUUUUGUCCGUUUUUCCGUCUGUCUUUUCCGUCUGUUCCGUGUCUAACGAUGGCGGCUGACUCCUGAACAGCUUCU